CCUGGCCGAGCGAACGCGAUCCGGCGGGCGCGGCGGCGUCGGGGGGCGGGGCGGGAGCAUGGCCCAGGCCUGGCGGAGCAGGGGGCUCCGGUGGGUACGCCCCGCCGCCUAGUAAGCGCCCGGGCGGCGCGGCCCGGGCCGAGCCAUCAAGCCCACGCCCCAGGAGGGGACAGUGACCGCAGAGGCAGCCUGGGAGUCGGAUGUGGCUCAGGCAGGGAGAGCAAAGGGGUAGCCAGCCCGUCAAGGCCCGAGGUGUCUGAGAUGCCGCUGCCUCAGAAGAAGCGCUGGGAGUCCAUGGCCAAGGGCCUGGUGCUGGGAGCACUCUUCACCAGCUUCCUGCUGCUGCUGUACUCAUACGCAGUCCCCCCACUGCACGCUGGCCUGCCAUCUACGACCCCGGAGGGCACCGCGUCCUGCUCCCCGGGCCCGGGCGAGUCGGAGACGGCCAGCCCCGCCAACGGCUCCUCCUCCUCGUCGUCCUCGUCGGCAGGGUGCCGGCCGCGCCGCGACAUUGUGUUCAUGAAGACGCACAAGACGGCCAGCAGCACGCUGCUCAACAUCCUGUUCCGCUUCGGCCAGAAGCACGGGCUCAAGUUCGCCUUCCCCAACGGCCGCAACGACUUCGACUACCCCGCCUUCUUUGCGCGCAGCCUGGUGCAGGACUACCGGCCCGGCGCCUGCUUCAACAUCAUCUGCAACCACAUGCGCUUCCACUACGACGAGGUGCGGGGCCUGGUGCGGCCCGACGCCACCUUCAUCACGGUGCUGCGGGACCCCGCCCGCCUCUUCGAGUCCUCCUUCCACUACUUCGGCUCCGUGGUGCCCUUCACCUGGAAGCUCUCGGGCCGGGACAAGCUGGCCGAGUUCCUGCAAGACCCCGACCGCUACUACGACCCCCGCGGCUACAACGCCCACUACCUCCGCAACCUGCUCUUCUUCGACCUGGGCUACGACAGCGGCCUGGACCCCAGCAGCCCGCGGGUGCAGGAGCACAUCCUGGAGGUGGAGCGCCGCUUCCACCUGGUGCUGCUGCAGGAAUACUUCGACGAGUCCCUGGUGCUGCUCAAGGACCUGCUGUGCUGGGAGCUGGAGGACGUGCUGUACUUCAGGCUCAACGCCCGCCGCGCCUCGGCCGUGCCCCGCCUGUCGGGGGAGCUGUACCGGCGCGCCACGGCCUGGAACGUGCUGGAUGCCCGCCUCUACCGCCACUUCAACGCCAGCUUCUGGCGCAAGGUGGAGGCGUUCGGGCGCGAGCGCAUGGCCCGCGAGGUGGCCGCCCUGCGCCGGGCCAACGAGCGCAUGCGGCGCAUCUGCAUCGACGGGGGCCGCGCCGUCGACGCCGCCGCCAUCCAGGACGCGGCCAUGCAGCCCUGGCAGCCGCUGGGCGCCAAGUCCAUCCUGGGCUACAACCUCAAGAAGAGCAUCGGGCAGCGGCACGCGCAGCUCUGCCGCCGCAUGCUCACGCCCGAGAUCCAGUACCUGAUGGACCUCGGCGUCAACCUGUGGGUCACCAGGCUCUGGAAGUUCGUGCGGGACUUUCUGCAGUGGUGACGGCCGCCCGCCCGGGGCCCCUCCUGCCGGGCAGGGACGGGCCGGCCUCCCCCCAGCCCCUCCUGGUGCCACCUCGGUCCCCGGGGGAAGGCGGGGCUGCCGCGGGGAUGCCGCCAGCCAGGUCUGUGCCCGCAGCGUCAGUAUUUGACUAAUUUUUCCUUUUUUUUAAAAAAAUUAAAUCCCCUGUUCUGUUCUACUUCCUGCCUCCCCGUACAGGGGAGACCUCACAAGUAAAGGCAUUUCAUGUUUUGUUAA